CUGUGUCAGCCUACUUUUGCUUCGUUCUGGGGGUUUCGUUUGUGAUAACCACACUCAUCCUGUUUGCGGGUAAUUUAACGUGUAUUUUAUAAAACUUCACUGUCAACUUCAAUCACAGUCAGUAACACAAUGAGUUACGGACCACCAUGGAAUUAUGGCAUGCCGCAGCCAGGUGCACCACCAUUUCCUAUGCAGCAAGGGGGUGCACCUCCUCCACUGGGAUUUGACCAUGUGCUAAGUAGUCCAUCAGGCCCAGCAGGGGUUGGAGGUAUGCCGAUGCCAAUGGCUCAACCAUCUAUGCCCUACCAAGCAAUGCCUACCCAAUCUGGACCUGGCAUGCCUCUUCCUGGUGCUAUGUCAUAUCCUACUCCUGGUUAUGGACCUGCUCCUCCUGCGUCACCGGCUCCCAUGGGGCACUACCCCAAUCAGAAUCUGACAUUUGGGGCAGCUGCCAUGGCAACAACAGCAUUUCCUGGGCAUUACAGAGCACGACAAGCAGGUCCUCCUAUGCCUGUGCCAAAUACUACUUAUUAUCACGAAGAAACAUCGUACUCGACGCAGUCAACGGUAGCGUCAGCACCACCUUUACAAACCAUGGCAAGUUCCGUUCUUUGUAGCAGUAAACCUUCUUCAAGGGGAAGACCAUCUGUGACAGCUUACAGCCCCUUUGAUGGGAAGAAGGAUGCUGAGGUCCUUCGUAAGGCUAUGAAAGGUUUAGGUUGUGAUAACAAAGCCAUCACCUAUCUUCUUUGUUCAAGAACCAAUGCUCAAAGACAGAGAAUAAGUAUAGAGUACAAAACCAUCUAUGGAAGGGAUCUGAUGAAGGAUCUGAAGAGUGAGCUAGGAGGUCAUUUUGAGGAUACUGUGAUAGCACUAAUGACUCCCCCUGAAGAAUAUGAUGCCACUUUGAUAAGAAAAGCCCUUAAGGGUCUUGGUACUAAUGAAGAGAUCCUGAUAGAGAUUCUAUCCACAAGAACAAAUAAUGAAUUAGUAGCAAUCAAAAAUGCAUACCAAAGAUUGUUUGAAAGGGACAUGGAAAAAGACAUAGCUGGUGACACAUCUGGCCACUUCAAAAAAUUCCUAAUUUCACUAGCACAGGCAUAUAGAGAAGAGACUGACCAAGUAGACAUACAUAAGGCAAGAGCAAGCGCUGAAGCCCUGUACAAAGCUGGUGAAGGUCGAUGGGGAACAGACGAGGCCAAGUUCAACAGUGUUCUCGCAAGCAAAAGCUUUCCACAAUUAAGAGCCGUAUUUGAUGAAUAUUCCAAGAUUUGUAAAUACGAUAUUGAAGAAUCAAUCAGGAGAGAAAUGUCUGGAGAUCUGAAGGAUGGCAUGGUUUCCAUAGUUCAAGUUGUGAGAAAUGCCCCAGGGUUCUUUGCUCAAAAGCUUUACAAAAGCAUGAAGGGGCUUGGAACAGACGACAAGGCUCUUAUUCGUGUAGUAGUUACCCGAUCUGAGAUAGAUAUACUGGAUAUUAAAGAUGAAUUCGCCAAGCAAUACGGACAGUCUCUUGCACAAUUUAUCGCUGAUGACACUAAAGGGAAUUACAAGAGAAUCCUCCUUCAACUCAUCGGCGAAAGCGCCUGAACCUCCUACAUCACACUGACGUAUUCGAUACAAUUACCGGUCAUAAACCCACGAUAAAUAGGAAAAGUUCCAACCUAGAAAAAGAUAACGGAGCAUUUAAAGUCUGAGCUUUGAACUAUUUUAGCUUGGGCGUAUUGUUUUCCUAGUUUGGACGACAUAUAAUUCCCCUGAGUAUUAUUCCUUUCAAGAGCCACUUCCUUGGGUAUUGCUUUUUUCUUUACCGGGUAGCAUGGGUGGCUGCUAACGCGUCUUUGUAUAAUUCCCCUGAGUAUUAUUCCUUUCAAGAGCCACUUCCUUGAGUAUUGCUUAUUUCUUUAUCGGGUAGCAUGGGCGGCGUACGCUGCUAACGCGUCUUUGUUGGGCAGCAUUAGUGGCGUACGCAACUAACCCGUCGUCUCUCACCACUCUAGUUCCAAAGGUUUGGGUCAAUGGUUCUAGCCCUGCGGACACCAUAUGUGAAUUGAGUUUGUUUGAUGUGCUGUUCUCUCUUAUGCUACGAGGUUUUCUCUGGGUUCUCCGGUUUCGUCCCUCCGUAAAAAUCAACAUGUGAGUUGAGCGUUGUGUGCAUAGAACAUUUAAUGUAGUGGUAGUGUGUAUGAGCGAAAAGUGUCCCCAAUUAGUGCGAAAGCACUAAAACGACUAGACACUUAAACGAAGAGAUUUAGUUUUAUUUUUUAUUGGGAACAGCUUGAGAAGACACUCGAACGUUAGGGAGAUGAUGCUUAUGUCAUUAACCCCAAGAGGUUUAGUAUGUAGUGAAAAAAAUACGCCAAGCAAACUAUUCAUAAUAAUUAAACCUAUCUAAUAUAUCUUCCUCGACAUCU